AUGGCAGGACUAACGGAAAAAAAUGGGAGAAAGUCUGACAAAGGCAAAUAUGGUCAGAAAAACCUGGCAGCAGCACUAAAGGCUUUGUCUGUAGGCGUGCCUCUUGUCCGAGCCAACCAAGAGUUCGGUGUACCAGCACGCACCCUGCAACUCCACCGGGACAAGCAAGUGGCUGUUGGCCUACAAGGUACUCUUAAUUUUGGAAGGUAUCACAGCGCCCUGCCGCAAACAGUAGAAUUACAACUGAAGUCUCAUGUCAUUGAAAUGGAGAGACGACUAUACGGGUUAAAAAUCCGAGAUAUGCAGCGCCUUGCAUUUGAGGUAGCGGAAAAGGCACAUGUCGUCCAUCUGUACAACAGAGAGCUACGGAUGGCAGGGCAGGACUGGGUGCAAGGGUUUCUAGCGCUCUCGCGUCACGGCUUAAGCAUUUGUCGGCCUCAGUCAACCAGCAUCGCGCUUGCUGUAGGCUUUAAUAAGCCUCAUGUGACCAAUUUCUUUGGCAUGUAUAAGGCAUGUCUCGACGCCCAUCACUACGCGCCGUCCCGAAACGCCGAGCUGGUCGUCCGCUUUACCAGAUGCGGCCAGGAUGUCGGUCACUAUGACUGCGUACUACAGCACAUUUCGGAGCAACCCAGAUGGGGGCGAAAUUCCUGUUCAUCCUCCACUACAAAGCAACCGAAACUCAGAAUCUGUCCAAGGAAUAAGGGAAAUUAUCUGUUACGACUUAUCCUCUCUUCCAAAGCUGCAAGCAAAGCGGGCAAGAACGCGAAAAACAGAAACUGCAGCAGUGCUAACCUCAUCGUUGGAACUUUCAAGGAUAGAUUAUCUUAUAAAAUGCAGGAAUAUAUUACUACUAGGGAGGCACCAACUAAGUGUAGAUUCUGUGACAAAGCUUUUAAAAAAAAAGCUUCUUGCCGCAUUCAUGAAAGAAUUCACAAUGGAGAGAGACCUUACAAGUGCAGUUUUUGUGACAAAAGCUUUACACAGAUAGGUACUUGCACCAGUCAUGAAAAAAUUCACACUGGAGAGAAACUGUACAAGUGCAUGCACUGUGACAAAAAGUUUCUUAGAAAAAAAGACUGCACUAGUCAUGAAAAGGCCCACACAGGAGAACCUUACAAGUGUAGAUUAUGUGACAAAACUUUUAACCACAAAGUUUCUUGCAAACGUCAUGAAAGAAUUCACACAGGAGAGAGACCUUACAAGUGUAGAUUCUGUGGCAAAACUUUCACACAACAAGCUCACCACAACGAUCAUGAAAGGAUUCACACUGGAGAGAAACCAUACAAGUGCAAAUACUGUGACAAAAAGUUUAUUAAAAAAUCGGGGUGCACUAGUCAUGAAAAAGUUCACACUAGAAAAGCCUUAAAAGUGUAGAUUUGUAACCAGUCUUCUUAAAAAUAUAACUAGGUCAGUACAGAUAUCAUGAAAGAAUUCACACUGGAGAAAGUGCAAUAAUAAUAUUAAAGUGACAAAAGUUUAUUUAAAAAGGGACUGAAUUGGUCAUUCAAAGUAUUCACACAUGAGAGAAACCUUGUUACAAAUGGUAAAAAUACUGAUUGAAAAAUCUUUUUCACAACUACAGAAAUCUGUACAUGUAAUCAGGGACUAAUGCCAUGAUAAAGAUGACUGACUGACAGUCUCUUGCCUGAGC